AUGGAAGGACCAAUCUGUGACACAGAGCCUGAUUUCGUGGAUUUUUCAACAAAUGAUGUGCCCUCAUUACUGCUGCCGAUUCCGCUUGAAAGUGAGGCUGAAACGAUUGAGUGCAAAUUCCGAAGCAGUGAUGAGCGAGCAGUUUUAUUGGACACCAAAUCGACAAAAUCAUCAAAUCAUCGCAUUUUACUUCUGCUCAUCAAAGGCGAACUUGAGCUGCAUCUGAAUUUCGGCGAUUCGCAUCAUACUUUCAACUGGGGCACUGAUCUGAAUGACGAUCGCAUCCACUCAGUGCGUGUUAAACGACGUGGUGAAAAAUUGCUGCUGUUUCUAGAUGGAAAAUGGGAGCAUAGCUAUUUCUUGCCUUCCUCGAAAGUAGUUCUGGAUAUCGAUGAAAUAGCAGCAGGACGCCCUCUCCACACGAGCUCAACGUCUGAUUCUGCUAUGCGCACAAAUAGUACUCAAAGUGAAAAAUUUCGUGGUCAAAUGGUAAAAAUGCUUUUCAAUGAUUACGAUGUUCUCAAAAGUGCGAAAAGGAUAAGUUCUGCUGAGGGCCAGGCUUCGAAAUCUAACGAAACACCCGAAGGAUUCAAAGGAAAAAACAGGAAGGCAAAAUACUCGUCCGUUACAUUUCAAAAUCAUAAGGCUUAUGUGGUGAUAAACGAGGACCGGUUGGCCAGCAUCGAUAGCAUAUAUCGAAUCUCGUUCAAAUUCCGCACAUUAUCACCGUCAUCAAUUUUACUUAUAUUCGCUUCCAACUCCACUUAUCACGGAGAUUUUGCUUUUUUGGAAUUGUACAAUGGACAAAUAAGGUAG